CCCACCAAUCCACCCACCAAUUCACCCACCCUCCUGCCCGCCCGCCUGCCCGCCCCACCUCCGGCUCAUCAUGCCCGGCGGCCCCUCCGCGGCCGCAGAGUGAGAGCCAAAAAAACAAAACAACAAACGCCCCACACACACACCCCCCCCCCCCCCCCCGGCCAAACAAACCCCACCCCCAAACCACCGAUGGAGAACGCGUCUCUGGCGUGGCUCGGCGCGGAGGCCCCGUCCUCGGCGGCCCCGUCCUCGGCGGCCCUGUCCGGCGCCGCCGAGGCGUUCGCCAACGGCAGCCUCGGCGCCAUCUCCUCGGCGGCCGCCACGGCCGCGGCCGCGGCCGCCACCGCCCAGAGCUGCGAGAUCGACGAGGGCUUCAAGCGCACCUUCUACGCGGCGUCGUACAGCCUCAUCUUCGUCCUGGGCCUGCUCACCAACAGCGUCGCCCUCGGCGUGUUCUGCUGCUGCCUGGGCCACCGCACCGAGGCCACCACGUACAUGUUCAACCUGGUGCUCUCCGACCUCUUCUUCAUCGCGACGCUGCCCUUCCGCGCCGUCUACUACGUGCGCGGCGGGUGGCCCUUCGGCGACUGGCUCUGCAAGCUCAGCGGCGUCCUCUUCCUCACCAACAUGUACGGCAGCGUCCUCUUCCUCACGUGCAUCUGCGCCGACCGCUUCCUCGCCAUCGUGCACCCGUUCCGCUCGCGGACGCUGCGCACGCCGCGCGCCGCCAGGGCCGCCUGCGUCGGCGUGUGGCUCAUCGUCAUCCUGGGCUCGAGCCCCUCGUUCCUGCUCAAGACGACCAACAACGCCGGCGGUGGCAACGCCGGUGGCAACGCGUCGUCGCCCGACGGGCCCCGGACGUGCUUCGAGAACUUCCCCACCAACACGUGGAAGAGCUUCCUCUCGUCCAUCGUCAUCUUCAUGGAGGUGGUGGGCUUCCUCAUCCCGCUCGUCGUCAUGGUCUACUGCUCCUGCAUGAUCCUCAAGACCAUCAACGGGUCGCGGGGCCUCCAGCGGAGCCCCUUCGACCGGCGCAAGAUCCAGCGCAUGAUCACCGCGACCGUGGUCAUCUUCGUCGCGUGCUUCCUGCCGCACCACGUGGUGCUCGUCUUCUACACGCUGGUGCGCCGCGACACCAUCACGAGCUGCGCGGCGCUGCGCGCCGUCAAGGCGGCCUACCCCAUCACGCUGUGCCUGGCAAGCGCCAACUGCUGCCUCGACCCCAUCAUCUACUACUUCACGACGGAGGCGUUCCGGCGGUCGCUGCGCCGCGGCGUCAACCGCGGCUCGUCGUUCCUCCUGUCCGAGACGCUGCGCGUCACCGAGAGCGUCAUGGCGAUGGCCGGGGAGCGCGCCGGAGGGGUCAACGGCAGGGCGAGCCUCACCAGGCAGCAGAGCCAGAGCCAGAGCCAGGUGUGACGGACGUGGGGGGGAGGGGGAGGUGGACGAGGAGGGAGGAGGGAGUUGACGCACCUCCGCUUA